ACUACAGGACGGGGCCGUGCUUCACCCAGGUGAACAACCAGAUGUGCCAGGGCCAGCUCAGCGGCAUCGUCUGCACCAAAACCCUCUGCUGCGCCACCAUUGGCCGAGCCUGGGGCCACCCCUGCGAGCAGUGUCCCGCCCAGCCGCACCCCUGCAGACGAGGCUUCAUCCCCAACAUUCGCACCGGAGCCUGCCAAGAUGUGGACGAGUGUCAGGCCGUUCCAGGUCUGUGUGCAGGAGGCAACUGCAUCAACACUGUGGGCUCCUACGAAUGUAAAUGUCCCGCCGGCCACCGUCAGAGCGAAACCAACCACAAAUGUGAAGAUAUCGACGAGUGCAGCACCAUCCCCGGAGUGUGCGACGGAGGCGAGUGCACCAACACGGCCGGUAGCUACGUCUGCACCUGUCCGCGAGGCUACAGCUCCAGCGCAGACGGAUCCAGAUGUGUGGAUCACCGUAUGGGAACCUGCUUCUCCGCUCUGGUUAACGGACGCUGUGCUGCAGAGCUGAGCGGUCAGUACACCAAGAUGCAGUGCUGCUGUGACACCGGACGCUGCUGGGCUUUGGGGCAAAUCCCCGAGAUGUGCCCCGUCAGAGGGUCUGACGAGUACCGGCGCCUGUGCAUCGUGGGCGUUCCCCAAGGUCACGGCCUCCCUCACGUCUACCCCAACACGCACUUCAACAACGGCAACGACAACUACGGGUUCAGGUUCCCCAGCUUGCCCAACGGCAACGGCAACGGCGGGAUCGGAGGCAACGGAGGAGGAGGAGGCGGCUUUGGAGGCAACGGAGGAGGUUUCGGAGGCAACGGAGGAGGACCGAACCACCAGCACAUCGGCACUGUGUCCGUGAACAACACCAUCGACGUGUGCAAACACUUCACCAACCUGUGUCUGAACGGACGCUGCAUCCCGACGCCUACCAGCUACCGCUGCGAGUGCAACAUGGGCUACAAGCAGGACGUUCGCGGGGAGUGCAUCGAUGUGGAUGAGUGUGUGAGCAAUCCAUGCAUCAAUGGAGACUGUGUCAACACACCUGGAUCGUACCACUGCAAGUGCCACGAGGGGUAUCAGGGAACCUCCACCAAACAGGCCUGCAUCGACAUCGACGAGUGCAUCGUGAACGGAGUGAUGUGUCGCAACGGCCGCUGUGUCAACACCGAGGGAAGCUUCCAGUGUAUCUGCAACGCCGGCUUUGAGCUCACUCCAGAUGGAAAGAACUGCAUCGACCACGACGAGUGCGCCACCACCAACAUGUGUCUCAACGGCAUGUGCAUCAACGAGGACGGCAGCUUCAAGUGCAUCUGCAAACCCGGCUUCGCUCUGGCGUCUAACGGACGCUACUGCACCGACAUCGAUGAGUGUCAGACGCCCGGCAUUUGCAUGAACGGCCGCUGCAUCAACUCCGAGGGCUCCUUCCGCUGCGAGUGUCCGCCGGGCCUGGCCAUCGGCGUGGACGGGAGGGUUUGCGUGGACACGCACAUGAGAACCACCUGCUACGGAGCCAUAAAGAUGGGCACGUGCUCGCGUCCGUUCCCCGGCGCCGUCACCAAGUCCGAGUGCUGCUGCGCGAAUCCAGAGCACGGCUUCGGAGAACCGUGUCAGCCCUGCCCCUCCAGGAACUCAGCUGAGUUCCAGGCUGUUUGCAGCAGUGGUAUCGGCAUCACAGCUGAUGGCAGAGACAUCAACGAGUGCGCCUUGGACCCAGACAUUUGCCAGAACGGUAUAUGCGAGAACCUCCGAGGAAGCUACCGCUGCAUCUGUAACAUCGGCUACGAGUCUGACACGAGCGGCAAGAACUGCGUUGACAUCAAUGAGUGUCUGGUGAACCGUCUCCUCUGUGACAACGGUCUGUGCAGAAACACUCCGGGCUCCUACACCUGCUCCUGUCCGAAAGGAUUCGUCUUCAAACCCGACUCGGAGACCUGCGAAGAUAUCAACGAGUGCGAGUCCAGCCCGUGCAUCAACGGAGCGUGCCGGAACGUGGCCGGGUCCUUCAACUGCGAGUGCACCCACGGCAGCAAGCUGGACUCCACCAACACCAUCUGCGUGGACAGCAUGAAGAGUACCUGCUGGCUCACCAUCCAGGACAACCGCUGCGAGGUCAACAUCAACGGAGCCACGCUGAAGUCGGAGUGCUGCUCCACGCUGGGAGCCGCCUGGGGGAGCCCCUGUGAACCCUGCGAGAUCGACACUGCUUGCUCUCGAGGAUUUGCUCGUAUGAAGGGCCUCGUCUGCGAAGACAUUAAUGAGUGCGAGGUUUUCCCUGGAGUCUGCACCAACGGCCGCUGUGUGAACACUCAGGGCUCGUUCCGCUGCGAGUGCGCCGAGGGCCUCACCUUGGACAGCACCGGUCGCACAUGUGUGGACAUGCGAAGCGAGCAGUGCUUCAUGAAAUGGCACGAGGACGAGUGUGGCCAGCCGCUGCCUGGAAGAUACCGCGUGGACAUGUGCUGCUGUUCGGUGGGCGCCGCCUGGGGCAUCGACUGUGAGGAGUGUCCCAAAGCAGGAACACCGGAGUACAGAGCCAUCUGUCCUCGAGGGCCCGGCUUUGCCAACAGAGGAGAUAUCCUGACCGGCAGACCUUUCUACAAAGAUGUGAACGAGUGCAAAGUGUUCAACGGCCUGUGCACAUAUGGAACCUGCAGAAACACCAUCGGGAGCUUCAAGUGUCGCUGCAACAGCGGCUUCGCUCUCACCGCCGAGGAGAGGAACUGCACAGACAUUGACGAGUGUCGCAUCUCCCCCGAUCUGUGCGGCCACGGAACGUGCGUCAACACGCCGGGCAGCUUCGAGUGCGAGUGCUUCGAAGGCUACGAGAGCGGCUUCAUGAUGAUGAAGAACUGCAUGGACAUUGACGAGUGUGAGAGGAACCCCCUGUUGUGUCGGGGAGGAACCUGCCUGAACACUGAAGGCAGCUACGAGUGUGAAUGUCCCACCGGACACUCGCUCAGCACCGAUGGAUCUGCCUGUGAAGACGUGAACGAGUGCGCUCUGAGCGACAACUUGUGCAAGAACGGCCAGUGCGUCAACAUGCCGGGAACCUACCAGUGCUCCUGUGACACCGGUUACCAGGCGACACCGGACAGGCAGGGCUGCGUCGACAUCGAUGAGUGCACCAUCAUGAACGGAGGCUGCGAGACUCACUGCACCAACUCGGAGGGCAGCUACGAGUGCAGCUGCAGCGAAGGCUACGCUCUCAUGCCCGACCUCAGGACCUGUGCAGACAUCGACGAGUGCGAGGAGACUCCAGACAUCUGCGACGGAGGCCAGUGCACCAACAUUCCCGGAGAAUAUCGCUGCCUGUGUUACGACGGCUUCAUGGCUUCCAUGGACAUGAGGACCUGCAUCGAUGUGAACGAAUGUGAUCUGAACCCAAACAUCUGUCUCCACGGCGACUGCGAGAACACCAAAGGCUCCUUCAUCUGCCACUGUCAGCUGGGAUACUUUGUCAAGAAGGGAUCGACGGGCUGCACAGACGUCGACGAGUGCGAGAUCGGAGCUCACAACUGCGACAUGCACGCCGCCUGCAUCAACGUGCCGGGAAGCUUUAAAUGUCGCUGUCGAGACGGCUGGGUGGGAGACGGCAUCAAGUGUGUGGAUCAAGACGAAUGCUUGGCAGAGGACCACAACUGUAACCCCAACGCCGACUGUGUCAACACGCCGGGAUCCUACAGGUGCACGUGCAAAGAGGGAUUCAACGGAGACGGCUUCUCGUGCUCUGACAUGGACGAGUGCGCGGACAACGUGAACCUGUGUGAGAACGGCCAGUGUCUGAACGCUCCUGGAGGUUACCGCUGCGAGUGCGAGAUGGGCUUCACUCCUACAGAGGACAGCAAAGCCUGUCAAGACAUCGACGAGUGCAACUUCCAGAACAUCUGCGUGUUCGGGACGUGCCAGAACCUCCCGGGGAUGUUCCGCUGCGUGUGUGACGACGGUUACGAACUGGACCGCAGCGGAGGAAACUGCACCGAUUUCAACGAGUGUGCAGACCCCGUGAACUGCAUCAACGGACUCUGCGUGAACACGCCAGGCAGCUACCUGUGCAACUGUCCGGCCGACUUUGAGCUGAAUCCCACCGGAGUCGGCUGCGUGGACACUCGUAUCGGGAACUGCUUCCUGGAAAUCCUCGCUCGUGGAGACGGAGGAAUCUCCUGCAGUGCGGAGAUCGGAGUCGGCGUGACCCGAGCGUCCUGCUGCUGCUCCCAGGGAGGAGCCUGGGGGAACCCCUGUGAGCUCUGCCCGGCCGGCAACUCCACUGAAUAUAAGACUCUCUGUCCCGGUGGAGAAGGCUUCAGACCGAACCCCAUCACUGUCAUCCUGGAAGACAUCGAUGAGUGCCAGGAGCUGCCGGGUCUCUGCCAGGGUGGAAACUGUGUGAACACAUUCGGCAGUUUCCAGUGUGAAUGUCCAGCAGGCUACUAUCUGAACGAAGAGACUCGCAUCUGUGAAGAUAUCGACGAGUGCACGACUCACAUUGGGAUCUGCGGACCCGGUACUUGCUACAACACUCUGGGCAACUACACCUGUGUGUGUCCACCUGAAUACAUGCAGGUCAACGGAGGAAACAACUGCAUGGACAUGAGGAAGAGCGUGUGCUACCGCAACUUCAACGACACGUGCGAGAACGAGCUGUCCUUCAACAUGACCAAGAAGAUGUGCUGCUGCGCCUACAACGUGGGCAAAGCCUGGAACAAGCCGUGCGAGGCCUGUCCGACUCCUGCUACCUCUGAGUACCAGUUACUGUGCGGCAACCAGGCCCCCGGCUUCAUCAUCGACAUCCACACUGGCAAACCGAUCGAUAUCGACGAAUGCAGGGAGAUUCCCGGCAUCUGCGCCAACGGAGUGUGCAUCAACCAGAUCGGGAGCUUCCGCUGUGAAUGUCCGAUGGGCUUCAGCUACAACAACAUCCUGCUCAUUUGUGAAGAUAUUGAUGAGUGCAACAGCGGGGACAACCUGUGCCAACGCAACGCCAACUGUAUCAACAUUCCCGGCAGCUACCGCUGCGAGUGCUCGCCAGGCUUCAAACUGUCUCCCAGCGGGGCCUGUGUGGAUCGUAAUGAAUGCCAGGAGAUUCCUAACGUGUGCAGCCACGGCGAGUGCAUCGACACUCAGGGAAGCUACCGCUGCAUCUGCCACAACGGCUUCAAGGCCACGGCUGAUGAGACCAUGUGCAUGGACAUCGAUGAGUGCGACCGACAGCCGUGCGGCAACGGAACCUGUAAGAACACCGUGGGAUCCUACAACUGUCUCUGCUUCCCCGGAUUUGAGCUCACGCACAACAACGACUGCAUGGACAUAGACGAGUGCAGCGCCCUGCAGGGUCAAGUGUGCAGGAACGGACAGUGCAUCAACGGGCUGGGCUCCUUCCAGUGUCUCUGCCACGAAGGUUACGAAAACACGCCCGAUGGGAAGAACUGCAUCGAUAUCAACGAGUGCGUGAGUCUGCCCGGCACUUGUUCUCCGGGAACUUGUCAGAACCUGGACGGGUCCUUCAGGUGCAUCUGCCCUCCUGGUUACGAGGUGCAAAACGACCAGUGCAUAGAUAUCAACGAGUGCGACGUGGAGCCCAACAUCUGCCAGUUUGGCACCUGCACCAACACCCCCGGCAGCUUCCAGUGCUCCUGCCAGCCGGGCUUCGUUCUGUCCGACAACAAGCGCCGCUGCUACGAUACCAGAGAGAGUUUCUGUUUCACCAAAUUUGAGGCUGGAAAGUGUUCGGUUCCCAAAGCCUUCAACACCACCAAGGCCAAGUGCUGCUGCAGCAAGAUGCCUGGCGAGGGCUGGGGCCUUCCCUGUGAGCUGUGUCCAAGAGAGACCGAAGCUGCUUUUGACACUCUGUGUCCCUACGGUCACGGAGCGCUGCCCGGACCCGGUAACGGUCGAGAAGAUAUGAACGAGUGUGUGGAUACCCCGGGCAUCUGCCAGAACGGCAUCUGCAUCAACACGGAUGGUUCUUUCCGCUGCGAAUGUCCGUUUGGGUACCAGCUGGAUUACACUGGAGUCAACUGCGUCGACACGGAUGAGUGCGACGUAGGAAACCCGUGUGGAAACGGAACCUGCACCAACGUGGUGGGAGGCUUCGAGUGCUCCUGCCAGGAGGGCUUCGAGCCGGGACCCAUGAUGAUGUGUGAAGACAUCAACGAGUGCUCCCAGAAUCCUUUGCUCUGCGCCUUCCGCUGUGUCAACACUUUCGGCUCGUACGAGUGCAUGUGUCCUGCCGGCUACGUGCUGCGAGACGACCAACGCAUGUGCAGAGAUCAGGACGAGUGCUCAGAAGGUCUGGACGACUGCGACUCCAAAGGAAUGACCUGUAAGAACCUGAUCGGUACCUUCAUGUGCAUCUGCCCUCCUGGCAUGCAGCGCCGACCGGACGGAGAGGGAUGCAUGGACCUGAACGAGUGCCGAGCCAAACCGGGCAUCUGCAAGAACGGACGCUGCGUCAACACGGUGGGAAGCUACCGCUGCGAGUGCAAUGACGGGUUUGAGCCGAGCUCCACUGGAACCGAAUGCAUCGACAACAGGAAGGGCUACUGCUACACCGAGGUGCUGCAGACGAUGUGCCAGCAGUCGUCCACCAACAGGAACAGCGUCACCAAGUCCGAGUGCUGCUGCAACACGGGCCGAGGCUGGGGCUCCCAGUGCGAGCUCUGCCCGCUGCCCGGCACCGUCCAGUACAAGAAGAUGUGUCCGCUCGGACCCGGGUACACCACCGACGGCAGAGACAUCAACGAGUGCCAGGUGAUGCCGGACCUGUGCCGUAACGGCCAGUGCAUCAACACCAUCGGAUCCUUCCGCUGCCACUGCAACGUCGGAUACAAGACCGACUUCACCGCCACCUCCUGCGUCGACAUGGACGAGUGCGCUCUGUCGCCGAAGCCCUGCAACUUCCUGUGUAAGAACACAGAGGGCAGCUACCUGUGCUCCUGCCCCAGAGGAUACAGUCUGCAGCCGGAUGGGAAGACCUGCAAAGAUCUGGACGAGUGUUCGACAAAGCAGCACAACUGCCAGUUCCUGUGUGUGAACACCAUCGGAGGCUUCACCUGCAAGUGUCCACCUGGCUUCACUCAGCACCAGACGGCCUGCAUCGACAACAACGAGUGCACUGCUCAGAGCAGUGCUUGCGGUUCUCGGGCCUCCUGCGUCAACACGCCUGGAAGCUUCAACUGUGAAUGCUCCAAAGGUUUCUCCCUGGACACGACGGGCAUCGAGUGCGAGGACGUGGACGAGUGCAGCAGCAACCACCGCUGCCAGCACGGCUGUCAGAACAUGCUGGGAGGUUACCGCUGCGGCUGUCCUCAGGGAUACGUGCAGCACUACCAGUGGAACCAGUGCGUGGAUGAGAACGAGUGCCAGGGCGGGACGGUUUGCGGCUCCGCUUCCUGCUACAACACGCUGGGCAGCUUCAAGUGCGUCUGUCCGUCCGGCUUCGACUUCGAGCAGAGCGCCGGCGGCUGCCAGGACGUGAACGAGUGUUCGACGGGAACGAACCCCUGCAUCUACGGCUGCUCCAACACCGACGGAGGAUACCUGUGCGGCUGCCCGGGAGGCUUCUACAGGGCCGGACAGGGGUGA